AUGGACCUCGGCUCCUCGGUUCAGCUUCUCCAGCCGGUAGUGGCGAACAUCACAAAGCAGAACAUCACUGACUUCGGACUUGCCGUGUUGACUAGGAGAGUCGGACUGGCAGGCUUCUCCGUACUCGUGCUGGACCAUAUACUCACUUUCGAGGACGAGGUCACCCUGAUAUGGCUAUGCAUCCCGCAGAUCGACCCAAAAGACUAUCGGAAGAUAGCAUUCACCAUUCUCUUCUUUCUCAACCGAUACUUCAUCCCGCUUAGCUUCCUCGUGAACAUCGUAGCAUACUUCGGCCACUUCUGGACCCCACAAACGUGCGCUCAUCCUCGUCUACUAUCUAUCAACGUCCAAUCUUGA